AUGCCCGCCUCCCCCUCUCGAACCGCCACGCUCCUCUCCAACCUCUCCUCUGUAACCUCCCGCAUCACCACCGCCGCCAGCACCGCCCACCGCGCCCCAACACACCCCGUCCGCCUCGUCGCCGUCUCCAAACUCAAGACUGCCGCCGACAUCCUCGCCCUGCACAACCCGCCAACAAACCACUCCCACUUCGGCGAGAACUACCUCCAGGAACUCACCGAGAAAUCCAAGCUGCUGCCCCCCACGAUCCGCUGGCACUUCAUCGGCGGCCUGCAGUCGAACAAGUGCGUUGCGCUAGCCCGCGACGUGCGCGGCCUCUGGGCCGUCGAGAGCGUCGAUUCCGAGAAGAAGGCCUCCCUGCUGGACAAGGGGUGGGGGGAGCGGGCCGCGGAGGUGCGAGCCACGGAUGCGGACGACCGCCUGCGUGUCUUCGUGCAGGUGAACACGUCCGGCGAGGAGAAUAAGGCCGGGGUGGAGCCGGCGGCGGCGGUGGCGCUGGCGCGCUUCGUCCGCGAGAAGUGUCCGCGGCUGCGGCUGCAGGGGGUCAUGACCAUCGGGGCCAUUGCGCGGUCGAAGGCGACGACGCCGGAGAAUGAGAAUGAGGAUUUUGUGUGUCUGCGUGAGACGAGGGAUCGGAUUGUGCGGGAGCUGGGGCUGCAGGGGCCCGAGGCCGAGCUGGAGUUGAGUAUGGGCAUGUCGGAGGACUUUGAGGGUGCGAUUGCCCUGGGGAGUGACCAGGUGCGUGUUGGCACGACUAUCUUCGGGCAUAGGCCGCCCAAGUCGGAGGCGAGGAUCCUAUAA